GAGCUGCCGGAAGCCGCGGGCGACUCUCCCCGAGAGCAGCGUGACCGACUCGGGCUCCCGUGCAGGGGGGAGGCGGAGGCAGCACGGGGCCUGCGGGAGGAGGGCGCAAGUGGCCGGAGCCGGCUUUGCAUCACCGAAGCCGGGACCUGGGCUCUACAGCAGAAUGGCAGACAUGGCGGGACUGAUGGAGAGGCUGGAACGUGCGGUCAUCCGGCUGGAGCAGCUGUCUGCAGGGUUAGACGGACCUCCGGGAGGCUGCGGGGAAGUGAAUGGUGUCAAUGGAGGUGUGGCACCAUCCGUGGAAGCCUUUGACAAACUGAUAAACAGUAUGGUGGCUGAGUUCUUAAAGAACAGCCGAGUCCUUGCUGGUGACGUAGAGACUCACGCGGAAAUGGUGCACGGUGCUUUCCAAGCCCAGCGUGCUUUUCUUCUCAUGGUCUCUCAGUACCAACAACCUCAGGAGAAUGAAGUUGCUGUCCUUCUGAAGCCCAUAUCGGAGAAGAUUCAAGAAAUACAGACUUUCCGAGAGAGAAACCGGGGAAGCAACAUGUUCAACCACCUCUCGGCAGUCAGUGAAAGCAUCGCUGCCCUGGGCUGGAUUGCCGUGUCCCCCAAACCUGGUCCUUAUGUCAAGGAGAUGAACGACGCUGCUACCUUUUACACAAACAGGGUCCUGAAGGACUACAAGCACAGCGAUCUGCGCCACGUGGAUUGGGUGAGGUCCUACCUCAACAUCUGGAGCGAGCUGCAAACCUACAUCAGGGAACACCACACCACAGGCCUCACUUGGAGCAAAACAGGUCCUGUGGCAUCCACAGCAUCAGCGUUUUCCAUCCUCUCCUCUGGGCCUGGUCUUCCGCCACCACCUCCACCACCACCUCCUCCUGGGCCACCUCCACCUUUUGAAAAUGAGGAUAAAAAGGAGGAGCCCUCCCCUUCUCGCUCAGCUUUAUUUGCCCAGCUCAAUCAAGGAGAAGCCAUCACUAAAGGUAAGAAAACAAAUCCUGGAAACAGACCGACUCCCUCUCCUUUCGACUCUAGGCAUAUGGAGCCUCAGGGAAAUGCACACCAUUCCACCACCAUCCUUAGGAUACAGGGAGAAAAAUGGCAAAUAGAAUACCAAGAGGACAGGAAUGACCUUGUCAUCUCCGAGACCGAGCUGAAACAAGUGGCUUACAUUUUCAAAUGUGACAAAUCCACUCUUCAGAUAAAGGGAAAAGUGAACUCCAUCACUGUCGAUAACUGCAAGAAGUUUGGCCUGGUGUUUGAUCAUGUGGUGGGCAUUGUGGAAGUGAUCAACUCCAAGGAUAUUCAGAUCCAGGUAAUGGGGAGAGUACCAACAAUCUCCAUUAAUAAGACGGAAGGAUGCCACCUGUACCUCAGUGAAGAUGCACUAGACUGUGAGAUCGUGAGCGCGAAGUCGUCCGAGAUGAAUGUCCUGGUCCCUCAGGGUGACGAUUAUAGAGAAUUUCCCAUUCCUGAGCAGUUCAAGACAAUAUGGGAUGGCUCCAAGCUGAUCACCGAACCUGCAGAGAUCAUGGCCUGACAUCCAAGAGAUAGCCUUCCCUGAGUCUCCUCUAGCGAACAGAAGCAAGCAGCUAAUAGGAGCUAGAUUUUACCAUAGCCCUGGCGCCCGUCUCCGUGUCCGCGUCCUGCAGUUCUGUGCCGUGGAAAACAGUAUCUUUUCUGGCAGGCUUUUAUGGGCGUUUUGAAAUAUUUAACAUUUGAUCAUGAUUUGCGUGUGAUUUUACUUCCACGUGAUAACUAGUAAACACAGCAGUUGAAGGGAAAAGAAUUCUGUUCCCAUCACAUCACCAACUCCGUAACUGAUAAGGAAAAGCCCUGCCUAUUUCUUCCUUUCGGUUUAAUUGCUAGUUGAAAAAAAAAAAAAGAAGCCUUAGAGAACCUAUGUAUGUUUUUACCUUUUAGACAACUUUAACAUGAUGAAACAGUCUUGUGCCCUGAAGAAUAAGACUCUAUUUUUUAAUUUUUACGUGCUCCCCUUUAUCGGCGUGGACAUCGUGUCAGCAUGAAUGAAUUCUUCAAUCCAUGUUUUUGCAAACACACACAUAUACACAAAGAGAAAACAUCUAAGGAAACACAAUAUACCCUUUAUAGUUGCUGAAAAACAAAAGAAAUCCUAACUCCAUCUUUCUCGAGAGUCACUUUAAAAAUUCUAAUUUGCCUGCAUAUCCUAAGAGAAAGGGUGGUGGCAGGGAGGGGUGGGGUGUGGUAGGGACUCAGUCCUCAGUUUUUGCUUUGUAAUACCUCAUGGUCCGGUUCGAAGGAUAGCUCGGCCUUUGCGUUGCAGUUUUGAAGUCAGCCAUACUAUCAGACAACCCCAUACAGUCUCUAAUGCUUACUAGAGAUGAGUCCCUUUUCCACGGGCCAGGCUAACCAGUGCUAACCAGCCUCAAAGACAAACGCCCAAGAGCCUGACUAUUGCUUCUCGAAUCAGUUGUCUGGCUCUGGUUGGGUUUUCUAGUCUUGAUAGUACACACACUUCCAGGCGAGCAACAACACUCUCUGUGUCUCUUCUCUGCACGUAGCCGAGAAUGCUGCAGCUUUUUGGGUCCUGUGUAACGAAGCAUAGCACUAAGCUUUUGGAACCAGAGGGAGCAUCUAGAUUGUGCCUACGAAGACCCCGCUGGCUAUCGUUUUUUUUUUUUUUUUCGGUUUUUGAAUAGCUUCUAUCUCCAUACAGUAUUCAUAUCACUGAUGUUUGUGUAUCAAAGUUUUGCUAUAAAAGUUCUGUCCUUAUGAACUAUGUGGUGGCUUUAGUAAGUAUAAUUUUUUGAACAGUAAAGUUAUACUAAGUAAAAACGAAUUGUUUAAAUACUGAGA